AUGUGUAUUCCUUUCGUCAAAACUGUAUGCAAGGUUAUGGAGAGUAUUGCUCCUCUCCGGCUGGCAGAGAAAUGGGACAAUGUUGGAUUAUUACUUGAGUCUCCCUCGCAUAAACUAAAAGGCAGGAAUUGCGUCUUACUCACUAUCGAUCGUCGACGGGUCCAUCACGCUCAGCGCGCCAGUCGUCGUCUCGUACCAUCCACCGAUAUUCAAGCCUCUCCAAUCACUAACCCUCUGCAAACUUCGCUUCUCCAGUGCGCAGCAGAAGGGAUCUCAAUCUUCUCGCCACGUUCAUCAUUGGACUCUGUCUGGGGAGGCUUGAACGACUGGCUUGCCAAAGGGUUUGGUACCGGUAAAGUCAGCGCCUUUAUGGGUGAGAAACUCGAUGCGAGUGGGACGAGCGAGGGUGCGGAGAGUCGUUUGGUGAUCCUGGAUGAGCCGGUGUCGGUGAAAGAGCUUGUGGGUAGGGUGAAGCGGUAUCUUGGGCUACCACAAGUUCAAGUAGCAUAUCCUUCCGCCGCACUAAGCGUCAUUCGGACGGGGUCGAUGCUCGUUGGACGUGAAACAGACGUUUAUUUCAUUGGGGGGAUGUCGCAUGUUUUAUCAAGUAUGGAAGUAAUAGCAUCAGUCGCCGCUGGGAAGCAUGCCAUUUUGUGCGGCCACACGAAUAGGGAACGCGGUUAUCUUUCUGUGCUGGCUGAGCAGCUUCGGAAGGAGAUCCAAGCCGAGGACCUUGAAGUCUUUGUCAGCAAAGAGGAUGCGCAUCCGUGGACAUUUGCAUGA